AUGACAACCAUUAAUCAUAAACGACAUCGUUUAAUAACAAAAUCAGUUGAAGAUCAUACGACAAAUAUCAAUAUACAACCUUCAACAACAAAUCGAAUGAAAAGAAAAACAUCAUUAAUCAAUUCAGACAUUAUUCAUACAACAACAACAAAAAAACUUGAUAUAGUUAAAUCAACUGAAUUUGAACCAAGAGAUCAAAAUCAAAAUAUCGAUUCCUAUUCACAAAUAGAUGAAUCCACAUUGAGCCUAAAUAAUGAUAAUAAUAAUCAUAAUCAUAAUUUUGAUCAUGUAGAAAAUGAUUUUGAUGAUUAUGCUGAUCGAAUUUUUAGUUAUUUGGGUGAAGCUUAUACUAAACAAAUAAGUUCAUCUUUACCUGAAAAUGAAAUUAAUCAAAUCAAUUCUUCUUCUCAAUCUAUCACACCCACACAUACUUCUGAUAAUGAUAUCAAACCAUUUCUAUGUGCUUUUUGUCCAUAUUUUGCUCAUAAUAUUCAAGAAUUUCAAACACAUAUUGCAAAACAUACGGAAAAAAAUUUUCGAUGUUUAUUAUGCAACUGCAUGUAUAAAUAUAGACGAGAUUGUGUUACACAUAUGAAACGUAAACAUUCAAAUACUGUUAAUGGAUCAAUUUCACAAUAUAUACAAAAAAUUAAUAGUACAACAAUAAAUAAUAAUUCAACUCAACCAUCAUCAUCAAUACCUUCAAUAAAUCCAAAUAAAUCAAAUUCAUUUGUUGAACCAAAACGAUAUGGAUGUCCAUAUUGUUCAUUAAUGACCAAAUCAACUUCCUCAAUUUAUAAACAUCAAUCACGUAAACAUGCAACGUUUCCUAAAAUAGUUCAUAAAUAUUCAUCAGACGAUCCAAAUACACGUAGUCUUGUUGCUAUACUCAAACAGAAAUCAAUUAAAAAACCAAUUCUUCAAACAAUUGAAGAUGAACAACUUAUUAAAUCUCAAGUUCUUGAUGAGUCUUUAAAUCUAAAUGAUUUACAUGAUCCAUCAAAUGUAUCAUCAUCAUUAUCACUUACUCAUCACUAUACAGAAUCUUUUCCAUUAGUAAAUCGUCAUCGAUGUGCUGCUUCAAAACAUAUUACUGCUCAUAAUAUUCAUUCAUCAAAUGGGCGCCUAUCAAAACUUUUUCAAUGUUGUUUAUGUGGUUAUCGAGCACGUCAUCGUAGUAAUGUUGUACGACAUGUUAAAAAAAUACAUACAAUUGAUCUCAAUGAAUCUAAUCAAUCAACAGAAUUAAUUAAUAAUCAAGUAGCAUCUGAAUUAAUAGAAAAUAUUACACCUGAAUAUAAUAAACAAUCCGAUGAAAAUUCGGAUAAAUUAACUAUUAAUCAAGAUGAUGAAAAAACAAAUCUUAAUAAUUCACAUUUAGAAGAAAGACCAAAUUAUUCAUUUAAUACUACUGUACAGGCUCCACUUAUACUCAAUAAAACUACUAAUAAUAAUGAUCAUUCAACGAAUUCUUAUGCUGAUAUUCAUCUUUCAAUAAAUAUUUUUCUAUCAAAGAAAAAGCAACAAAAUUCAUUUGAUCGAACAAUAAAUGAUUUUAGUAGUAGUGAAGAUAAUCCAAAUGAUAUUUACUCUGAUGAAAAUAUAAGUGAUGAUGAUAUAACAAAAAUUCAUAUAACAUCAUCUCAUCCACAAAAUCUUUCUAAUGGAUCAUUAUAUAAACCACAUAAAUGUCGUCGAUGUUUCUAUCGAUCAAAUUGGAAAACUGAUAUGCUUCAUCAUAUUCGUCUUAAACAUCAAGUAAAUCAAGCAACCAAAUCUGAUUAUAUAUCAAUGGAUUUUGAUACAGCUUUACGUACUUUUUCCGAUUAUGAAAAAACAUUUGGCAAAGUACUUAAAAAUCGAUUAUUAUUACCAAAAAUAGAUUAUAUUGAUUGUACAUGGGAAGAAUUGAAAUCAAAAUUAUUUAUUAAUGAUAAACAAAAAAAAAUAAAUCGACAAGGUUUUCUAUCUUCAUCAUCAAUUGAACAAACAGCAAUUAUUAAUAAUAAUACUUUUUCAUUAAUGAAUAAUGAAGAAAAAAAAUCUAUCAAUUGA